CUCAUCUCGAGUUUCCAAACUUGAGGUCCAUAACGAAACGAAAGUACAAAACAAAGCUACGCCAAGAAAAAGAAAAAAGAAACAAGAAAAAUGGAGAAUCAGAGCCAAAAUGGAGCCGAAGCUCCUGUCAAAGUGUCAACACUCAAUUGUAUCGAUCUCUCUAAUCCUGAUAUUCAUCAAUCCGUCUCUUUACUCAAGCAGGCUUGUUUGGAUUGUGGGUUUUUCUAUUUGGUAAACCAUGGGAUAAGCCAGGAAUUCAUGGAUGAAGUAUUUGCUCAAAGCAAGAACUUUUUUCAUUUGCCAUUAAAUGAGAAAAUGAAAGUUUUGAGGAAUGAGAAACAUAGAGGCUACACUCCUGUGCUUGAUGAGCUUCUUGACCCCGAUAAUCAAGUGCAAGUAGGAGACUACAAAGAGGGGUAUUACAUAGGUGUGGAAGUACCUGAAGAUGAUCCUGAAGCAGAGAAGCCGUUUUAUGGGCCAAAUGUUUGGCCUGCAGAUGGUGUUUUGCCUGGAUGGAGGCAGACUAUGGAGAAAUUCCAUCAUGAAGCAUUGGAGGUGGCAAAAGCAGUUGCAAGGGUCAUAGCGCUUGCACUUGACCUAGAGGUUGAUUUUUUUGACAAGCCUGAGAUGCUUGGGAAGCCUAUUGCCACCUUGCGCUUACUACACUAUGAAGGUCAAAUUUCUGAUCCUUCAAAAGGAAUAUAUGGAGCUGGAGCACAUUCUGACUAUGGAUUGAUUACACUUUUGGCAACAGAUGAUGUUAUGGGUCUACAAAUAUGCAAGGAUAGAGAUGCAAAACCUCAGAUAUGGGAGUAUGUUUCGCCUAUAAAAGGAGCUUUUAUAGUCAAUCUUGGGGACAUGCUGGAGCGCUGGAGCAACUGUACAUUCAAGUCCACUUUGCACAGAGUUUUAGGAAACGGUCAGGAGAGAUAUUCUAUUGCAUACUUUGUGGAACCUAGUCAUGACUGUCUGGUCGAAUGUUUGCCAACUUGCUAUUCAGAAAAUAAUCCUCCCAAGUUUCUGCCAAUUAGAUGCAGCACAUACCUGAGCCAACGUUACAAGGACACUCAUGCCGAGUUAAGCAUAUACAAUAAACAUCAAACUUGAUAAACAUCAAACUUGUUCUCGGAAUCAGGAACUUAGGUCAAUUGGUUUAUGCAAUCACCCUUAAGAGGUGGUAUCCAGAAGGUUUGGAUUCAAAUCCUAACACUUGCAAUUCUUUUCUCUAUCCUAAGUAACGGUCUCCUAUGUAUUUAUAAAAAAAGACUUGAAGUCCUCACAGAAGAUGUUUCCUCAUGUUUAGGAAAGGUAAACUUGUAAUUUUCAU